AUGAACAUUCAAUUUCUGUUUGAAAACGGGAAAAAAUCUGUUGUUGACGAGGAGCAAUUUCUGCUUGAAAUGUUAAGCUCUCAUACACAAUAUUUAGCUCAAUUGCCUCCAGAAAGCGAGAAAGAAAUAGAGGACAAAGUGAAGUUCUUCAAAUUGUUGUUCGAGAGGUGUCUGAGUGGACCACUGCUCAAAAACAGCUUGGGAUUCAUGUUCGUACACCAUAAGAACGGGCUAAGUAUUAUGAGAAGGAACUUAGCAUCUUUGAGAAACGGAGAAAGAUCGGCCGUUCACGCAUUCUCCACGGGGAACAUAAAAACGCUAUUCUUAAGUGUAUUUAUGAUAGUCUUCCGUCCUCCUAGACAAAGUAAUGAAGAAGUUGAGACAAGUAUGUACAUAAUUACAAUUAUCCAAAGCUACAUUGUUCGACCUUUAUGGCCAGAAAAAGGUACACCGGAAGUGGUCACAGUUUCCAAAACACGAGCAACAAUAGCGAGUAUUUUAGGUGCGAGCUCUGCUGAAGGUCUAAUCAAACGCAGCCUUGGGCUUUCACAGCCUCCACUCAAUAAAACAAGAAAACGAGGUGAUGGCGUUGGACAUAGGGUAACAACUAAGGGAAAAUUUAAAAAUAUUGACCCUACGGACUUUACUGGGCUUAAAUUACCCAGUCUUUUACCAUUUUUACUAUUAUCCCGGGACACUUCUAGGGCACUUUUGACUAGAUUUUCCCUAAUUUAUGCCAAUUUCAACAAGAAUGUCCCUAGAGCAGAGACAAUGUCCCUAGUGUUUUAA